AAAAUACGAUUCAAACCAACGCGUACAUUAGAAAAUCUCGUUAAGAAAAAAAAAAGCAAAAAGGUCUCAUCUCAUUAUUGUCAUUUUUAGUGAAAUAAAUUAAAAUAUAAUUUUAAAUUUUUAUACAAAAAUGAAGACUACCGCCGUUGUAUUGUUGGCCCUUUUCGCUUUGGUAUCUGCCGAUUACAAAUUACGCAAUCAAGAGGAUUUAAAUAAGGCGCGUAAAGAAUGCAUGGAAGCGAAGAAAGUCACACCCGAGCUCGUCGAGAAAUACAAAAAAUUUGAUUUCCCCGAUGAUGAGAUUACGCGCUGUUACAUUGAAUGCAUUUUCGAUAAAUUCCAACUUUUCGAUUCACAAACGGGUUUCAAAAAUGAUAAUCUAAUCGCUCAACUCGGUCAAUCGAAAGAUAAUAAAGAUGAAGUUAAAGCCGAUAUUGAAAAAUGCGCAGAUAAGAAUACAGAAAAAUCAGAUUCAUGUACUUGGGCGUUCCGCGGCUUCAAAUGUUUCAUUAGCAAGAAUUUACCUUUGGUGAUGGAAAGUUUGAAAAAGAAUUAAAAUGCUUGCUAAUGUUGAAAACAAUGAUGAUGAUGAUGAUGAUGAUGAUGAUGAUGCUGAUGAUGAUAAUGAUAAUGAUAAUGAUAAUGAUGAUGAUGUUUAAAGUCUGAGGAGAAAAUAUUUGCACUGAAAGUCUCUCGCCUAUCUAUUAAAUCACGUUUAGGGAUAAUAUGUACAUGUAUGCGUUAAAGAAAGAACAAACUACGAAACGAAUUAAUAGUUGAAUCAUCUAAUUUGAACGUCCUUCAAUCGUCAAUUUUCUCAUUUCACUUUACUUUAGAUUUUGUAUUUAAUUUGAUGUUAACAAUUAAAUCUGUUGACCUGAUUAAUUAAUUAUUAAUAAUAAUUAUACAAAAAAAAAAAUAAAUAAAUAAACAAAAAAUUAA